AGAAAAUGCCCCCAAGCAAUAGUAUCUAUAGAUAGCCUUGGCCAAGGCCAACCAUAACAAGCCCUCUUCCUGGAGUACAUAUGGUUGCGCACGUGCGCUAUCAUCUAACAUUACUCACCCUGAACGCUCCAUGGACGGAGCAGCGCCGCCGCCCCGGCUACCACCAAAAACCACCAGGACCGUUUCUUUCACAGCCGCCGGCACCGUUGAAGAAUUUGUCAAGUAAAUGGGUGUUUGAAUGUUCAGCCUUAAGCAAACAGGGGCAGCGAUUCUUUUCUUCUCUGGCCACCGCCGCUGGAGAUACCUCAGCCACCAACCGUUUGAUCAAGAAAUUUGUGGCAGCAUCACCUAAAUCUGUUGCUCUCGAUGCACUCUCCAAUCUCCUUUCUCCUCACUCGUCUUAUCCUCACCUCUCGGCUUUUGCAUUCCCCCUUUACUUGAAGAUCACAGAAGCACGGUGGUUUGAGUGGAACCCAAAGCUAGUUGCCAAUCUUGCUGCGUUGCUUGAUAAACAAGGCCAAUACAAAGAGUUAGCAACUCUAAUAUCUGAUUCAACUUCUAAAUUACAGCUUAGAGAGCGAGAUCUUGCUCUCUUCUAUUGCAAUUUGGUUGAGUCUCACUCCAAACAGAAUUCUGUUGGAGGUUUUGAUGAUUAUUUUGCUCGUUUGACUCGGCUCGUUCAUAAUUCUAACUCUGUUCAUGUAAAAAGGCAAGGCUACAAAUCUAUGAUUAGUGGGUUAUGUGAAAUGGGUAGGCCUAUAGAAGCAGAAGAUUUGAUUGAAGAGAUGAGAGGCAAAGGAGUGAAGCCAUCAGUAUUUGAGUUUAGGUGUGUUCUUUAUGGGUAUGGAAGAUUAGGAUUGUUUGAAGAAAUGCAGAGCAGUGUUGUCCAAAUGGAAAGUUCAGGGUUUGAAGUUGAUACAGUUUGUUCAAAUAUGAUUCUUUCAUCCUAUGGAUCUUAUAAUGCACUUACUGAAAUGGGAUUAUUUCUCCAAAAGAUGAAGGAUUUGGGCAUUCCAUUCUCAUUAAGGACUUUCAAUUCAGUCUUGAAUUCAUGUCCUACAAUUAUAUCAAUGAUGCAAAACUCAAAUGCAGCUUAUCCGAUUUCGAUUCAAGAACUGAUAAAGAUUUUGAGUGAAGAUGAGGCCAUGUUGGUUGAAGCAUUGGUUGGAUCUUCAGUUUUGAAGGAGACAAUGAAGUGGAAUGCAUUAGAGGCUAAAUUGGAUUUGCAUGGAAUGCACUUGUGUUCAGCUUAUUUGAUAAUGUUAAUGUGGAUUGAAGAGAUGAGAAAGAGAUUGAAUAGUGGAAAUUAUGUGAUUCCAGCGGACGUUACAGUAGUUUGUGGUUCAGGGAAACAUAGUUCUAUUAGAGGGGAAUCUCCAGUUAAGCAGAUGGUCAAAGAGAUCAUGGUUCGAACAAGAAGCCCUAUGAGAAUUGAUAGAAAGAACAUAGGCUGUUUUAUAGCCAAAGGGAGCGUUGUUAAAGAAUGGUUAUGUUAAGCCAUUGCUUACGAAUGCCUUGUCGGUAAUAAGUGGAUGCGACACUCAUGGGUUACAAAAAUAAUAACUCAUUGGUUAGUAUUA